UCAAAUAAUGUUUCAUAAGGUCAUGCAAAAUGCAACAGAGCUUUCCGAAGCUGGAGUUAGCUUUGCAGACGUCAGCUCUGAUACCACAAAAUUAUUGGAUAUAAAAUUCGAUAAUGGAUUGAUGAGAAUUCCUUGUUUUCGAGUCGAACAUGGUACAGAAACCCUCCUACGAAAUCUCAUUGCUUAUGAGCAACAAUCAAAUGUACAUCCUUCAUAUUUCAGUGAUUAUGCAAUUUUCAUGGAUCAUCUUAUCGACUCAGACAAAGAUGUGAAUUUGCUUCGCCAGAAAGGAAUCAUAGUGAACUGUAUCGCAAAUGACAAAAGCGUGGCUAGCCUCUUCAACAAAAUCAGAAAUGGGGUCGUCCCGACGUAUCCCAACUUCUACUACGAUCUGGAAUUCAGACAAGCAAUUGAAUAUAGUGAAAAACCAUGGAACAGAAUGAAGGCAAAUUUGAAGCAUAAUUAUUUUAGUAGUCCUUGGGUAGGAGCUUCAACUAUGACAGCCAUCAUACUCCUCCUACUCACAACUAUACAGACUAUUCUAGCUAUCACAAGUGCCUUUAAAAGUAACAAGUAA